AGAGAAAUAAUUUUUUUUGGCCGUAGUCAAAUUUAUACGAUUUAUACGAAGCCCCUAAGGGGACAUGGAGAAAAAAUUAAAUAAAGUUCAGUUUCGUGUGCGAACAUGAAACUAUCGCAUGCACACGUGAAACUAGCGUGUUUAGUUUUACAUGCAGACGUGAAAGCGAAAGUUUCAUGUGCGCACGCAAAAGUUUCAUGUGCGCACGCGAAAGUUUCACGUCCGCACGUGAAACUAACGCGUGCGCAUGUGAUAGUUUCACAUGCUCGCGAAACUAAACUUUAAAAAAAAAUUCUGCACACGAAGGUUUCGCGUGAGCACAUGAAAGUUUCAUGUGAGCACUAUUUUUGGAUUAAACUUUAUUAAGCAAACCAGCGGGGUGUUUGUACCACCCAUCUGUUGUCUUUAGAAUUGAUGUGUAAAUUAAAUAGUUAUUUGCAACAGCCCUAAAAUCUCAAAGACCUUCGCACACAUGUAGUGCGUGACAUUAAAAAAGUAGGUUUACUACAGGCCACGCAGGUAUUUGAGAACGCUGCUGUCAAGGGCCUCAUUAAACAUUUAGGUGCUAUUCGAGCACACCAAUACAAUAAGACCAGUGCCGACCAGUGAGCGCAGAUAAAGCACACUGCGUAUGUGUGAGUUUGUCCCAUCUCAAACAGGUUUUCCCACAAUUGAACUCUCCACCCCAUCCUGGUUGGACUUUAAAAGCCCAGCCUCUCCACAGGUACACACAUUUCGCUUAGGUUUGCCCACCUGAAACAUCUUCAACCCGAUCCUCCAGCUGUUCCUCUUGAAGCAUGAGUCUUAGAAGCAAGCGCAUCAGUUCCAGCAGCUCUGUGAGGAGCAGUGGUAAGAUGGCAGGCUAUGGAUACAGCAGUUUAAGCGGGAUCUCUCUGGGCGCAUCUGCCCCGAGCUUCAGCACCAGCUCGGCGUAUCUGGGUCCCCCCAUCGCCAGCGUCUCCGUCAACAAGAGCCUGCUGGCUCCCCUCAACCUGGAGAUCGACCCCAACAUCCAGAUGGUGCGCACUCAGGAGAAAGACCAGAUCAAAACGCUGAACAACCGUUUCGCUACAUUCAUCGACAAGGUGCGCUUUCUGGAGCAGCAGAACAAGAUGCUGGAGACAAAGUGGGACCUCCUGCAGAACGAAAACCCGAGCCGGUCUAACGUUGAGCCCAUGUUUGAGGCGUACAUGGCCAACCUGCGCAGACAACUGGACGUGGUCAACAACGACAGGACCAAGCUGGACGGAGAGCUGAGGAACAUGCAGGGUCUGGUGGAGGACUUCAAACACAAAUAUGAAGACGAGAUCAACAAAAGGAACAACCUGGAAAACGACUUUGUGAUUCUGAAAAAGGAUGUCGACUCGGUGUAUCUGGUGAAAGCUGAUUUGGAGGACAAAGUUGGUGCCCUGACAGAUGAGAUCAAUUUCCUGAGGACCAUCUAUGAUGAGGAGCUGCGUGAACUGCAGGCCAGCAUCAAAGACACGUCCGUCAUCGUGCAGAUGGACAACUCACGAAACCUCAACAUGGACCACAUCGUGGCUGAAGUCAAGGCUCAAUAUGAGGACAUCGCAGCCAAGAGCCGUGAAGAGGCUGAAUCCUGGUACAAGUCCAAGUUUGACCAGAUGUCCUCUCAAGCCAUUCAGUACAACGACGAACUGCGAAACAUUAAAGGAGAGAUCGCAGAUAUGAACCGUAUGAUCAGUCGUCUCCAAAGUGAGAUUGAAUCUAUUAAAUCUCAGCGUGCUAACCUAGAGAACCAGAUUGCUGAGGCUGAGGACCGUGGUGAGAUGACCGUGAAGGAGGCCAAAAAUCGUAUCAAAGAUAUGGAGGAGGCGCUGCAGAGAGCCAAGCAGGACAUGGCUCGCCAACUCCGCGAAUACCAGGAGCUUAUGAACGUCAAGCUGGCGCUGGACAUCGAGAUCGCCACCUACAGGAAGCUGUUGGAAGGCGAAGAGGAUAGAAUUGGACAGCAGUCCAUUGUGAACAUCCAGACUGUUCCUAACUACAGUUCCAAAGGGAUGAAUGGUUUUCAGCAGAGCAGCUCCCCAUCACCGAAAAUCCUGAUCAAGACCACUGAAACCAGAAACAACACCAGAUUUAGCACUCACUAAAGACUAAACUAUACAAUCGAAAUAUAAACAUUUCAGAAAGAAAGAUUUUCAAAAUAAAAAAAUCCUGUACUUGAUAUCGUAUAAACAUGUUAAAGAAAUAGUUUUAUUUGUGAAUCAGUGGAAGGAAUCUUUGAUGAAAUUUUCUGAAUUAACUGCUUUAAUUCUAAUACUAUACAAAAAUAAAUACAUCUAAAUAAAAGUAUGCAACUUGUGUAUUGAUUU